GUGUAUAAGUUAAGCAAAUCCUAGAAACAUCACCUUCCGCAUAAUACCUUGUGCUAUACACACACAAACAUACACAAUACACACACUUUGUUUUUAUAUAUAAAUACCAUUAUCUACCCCUCUCCAAAGAUCUCUCACUACUUCUUCUUCUAUUUCUUUCUUGUUCUAUAUGUGGGUUAUAUUUGAAUCUCAAUUAUCAUGAGCAAUAUUCCAAGAUCUCUCACAGACUCUUCUCUAACCCUCUUCAAGCUUGCAAUCUCUGCGUCCGAUCCUUGGCCUUUUUCUCUUGUUUUCUUAUAACCCACGUCUCUCUUGCUCUUCAACAAAUCAUAAACCCCAAGAAACUAGGAAACUAGCUACUUUUUUUUUUUUUCUUUUUCUUUUUCUUUUUCUUUCUUUUUGAAACUCUUAUAAGGCAUUCUUUGGCUUUCUGGUUUUCUUGAAAAAAAUAAUGGGAAUUAUGAGUGGAGAGAAAGAGAAACAUCAACAACAUCAUCAACAUCACCACCAUCAUCACCACCAUCUGAAUUUCCACAUCAAUUUACCACAUCUCAAUCUUCAUGGUCACCAUAACAACAACAGCAACCAUGAGAAGAAAGAAUUACUGAAAGACAUCCCAAAGGGAUGUUUGGCAGUCUUGGUGGGACAGGGUGAGGAACAACAGAGGUUUGUGAUCCCUGUGAUCUACAUCAACCAUCCACUUUUCAUGCAGCUCUUGAAGGAAGCUGAGGAAGAAUAUGGAUUUGAUCAGAAGGGUCCCAUCACCAUUCCUUGCCAUGUUGAGGAGUUUCGCACCGUUCAAGGCAUGAUUGAUAAGGAGAAUUCUCUCCAUCACCAUCACCACCACCAUCACCACCAUCAUCACCAUGUUUGGUGUUUUAGGGUUUGAUUGUUUUCAUCAUUUAGCAAUGUGCAAGUUCUGUAAAAAAUUUCUCUAUUUUUCUUUUUCCAAGUGUUUUUUUUUUUUUUUUCUUGGUUCCAAUUCUUUAGGGAAAGAACCCAUAUUAAUAUGGUUCAAAUUAUGAUGAUGACGAUGAUAAAGUUUGGAUUAUAAUAUAUAUGUAUGAUUCUUGCUACAAUAUUUCUUUGGAGCGCAAAAUCACAUUUUGUUUUCCUUUUGGUUUUGCUACUUUUAAUUUAAUCUAUUUUUCUCACCAUCAAGUGUUAGUUGUACAUGUUAUAUUUCUCAAGUGUGAAAAGCAUAAAGGAAUAAAGUUUGAUAUUUUUAUGGAAGUGAUAGAUAUAAACGUGUAAGACACGGUUGCAAAUUGCUGAGCAAAAUGGUUUGCUUGGAACCAUUAGAUUUCAAUGUAAAUGGAUAAGAAUGGAAGAAAUUUCCCUAAUUCCAACAAAAAUUUUACAAACUCCUUUGUUUAUAUUUUGUAUAUAUUUUUCCCAAUGUUUUCUUUCGCUGUUUCGCUGUUUCAUGAAUUUGACAAUGCUUUGGUGUUUGGUGGCUAUGAUGAUCGUGGGACCAACGUGUGCGAAUCAAGGGUCCCACACUUAUUCACACCUGUCCUUUUGUACUGAGUUUGCUUCUCGGAAUAAUUAAAGUUGGGAUUUUCAUUUGUAAUUGCAUGCCUCUCGGUCUUCGUUUAGUCUUUAAUUGGUUUAUUUGAUUUUACAUUAUUUAAUUAAAAGAAUAUAAUUAAGUAUUAAAAAAUAAGGAGAGAAAUUAUAUCCAUAUGCCGUAAAAUAAUGAUUUUUUCUUGAAAAUAUGUGUUUGUAUUUUAAUAUAAACGGUUUGUAUGCAGCUUUCUAAGAUUGCUUCAACUCUUUUUGCAGUUAUAUUAUAGAUUCAUUUUUUAAAGACAACCUAUGGUGUGGACGUUCUUCCAUCAUCUGCCUAGCUAAAUGAGCAAAUUUAUUGGCAACAAGUGUUUUUUUA